CUAUUCAUAGCCCAUCAAUGUUAUUCCUUGAAGAUCAAUUCUACCCGUUUGAUCUAUAUCUCCAAAACUCCUGCUUCCUAUAAAUAUGGGAAGAUAAGAAAAGAGUAAGGGAAGCAGAAGACGAAGACGAAAGAGAAAGAGAAAAUCGGGGAGGAUUCAGGGUAACUGAAAAGGGAAAUCUGAUCGAUCUUUCAUUUGUAGAAAGUUUAUUCUUUUCUUUAAAAUGAAAACAUAAGCAACGACAACAAAUCUGACGCUCUAAAGUCAGGUGUUUCUCGUCGCAUUACAAACAGAGAGAGGUGUUGAUGGGACUAGUUCGUGGGACUGCAUUUUGCUUUUAACAUUUGAGUGAACGGGGGAAGCAUCGGGAAAUAAAUCUAUAGAACGGGAUUUGAGAGAGAGUGAGUGAUGGGAAUAUACGAACCUAUUAGAGGGCACGAUGAUGCUGAGGAGCAGGACGAGAAAAUCAAGCGUGGAGUGAAGCCCUCGUCUGUUCAGGACGAAGAUGAUGUUGAAAUGGCUGUCCGUGGAAGAUCCGGCACCGCCAUUCUCAUUGCCGGUGGUGUUGGUGGUGGUGGUGGUUUAAAUAAGAUCGAAGAGGAAAUCCCCAAGCAAAAGCAGCAGCAGCAAAAACAACAACGUCUUGUUUCGCUGGACGUUUUUCGUGGCAUCACUGUUGCGCUAAUGAUAAUCGUAGAUGAUGCUGGUGGAGUCCUUCCUGCUCUUAAUCAUUCACCUUGGAAUGGUUUAACCCUUGCUGAUUUUGUCAUGCCGUUUUUCCUCUUUAUUGUUGGUAUUUCGCUUGCACUUACUUACAAGAGAUUGUCAUGCAGAGUUACUGCAACUAGAAAAGCAAUACUACGGGCUCUAAAGCUUUUAAUUUUAGGCCUGUUGCUUCAAGGUGGCUUCCUCCAUGGCCUUAAAGAUUUGACGUAUGGAGUGGAUAUUGAACAUAUGAGAUGGAUGGGUAUUCUGCAGAGAAUUGCAGUAGCAUAUCUGCUGGCAGCACUGUGUGAGAUUUGGCUGAAGGGUGAUGAUGAUGUUUAUUUGGGGUCGUCCUUGCUCAGAAAAUAUCGAUUCCAAUGGGCUUUGGCUUUGAUGCUUACCACUCUAUAUCUUUCCUUGUUAUAUGGCUUGUAUGUGCCUGAUUGGGAGUACCAAAUUCCAACUGAAAACUCCUCUACACCAAAAUUGUUUUCAGUGAAAUGUGGAGUGCAUGGUGACACUGGGCCAGCUUGUAAUGCUGUUGGAAUGAUUGAUCGUAAGAUAUUGGGUAUACAACAUUUGUACAAAAGAGCAAGCUAUGCACGAACACCGCAAUGCAGUAUUAACUCCCCGGAUUAUGGCCCAUUACCUUCCGAUGCUCCGACAUGGUGCCAAGCCCCUUUUGAUCCUGAAGGACUUCUAAGUUCAGUGAUGGCCAUUCUUACCUGCUUGGUUGGUUUGCAUUACGGGCACAUUAUUGUCCAUUAUAAGGACCACAGAGAUAGGAUCCUUCACUGGAUGGUUACCUCGUCUUGUCUUGUUGUCUUUGGCGUUGCAUUGGACUUCUGUGGGAUGCAUUUUAACAAGGUUCUCUACACGUUCAGUUACAUGUGUUUCACUGCUGGUGCUGCUGGUAUUCUUUUCGUUGGGAUUUACAUAUUGGUUGAUGUGUGUAGAUAUAGGCGUCCCACUGCUGUGAUGGAGUGGAUGGGCAUGCAUGCGCUGAUUAUUUUUAUCCUUGCAGCCUGCAACGUCCUCCCAGUUCUCCUGCAGGGAUUCUAUUGGAGGAGGCCUCAGAAUAAUAUUCUUAGGUUAAUUGGAAUUGGAGCAUAAAAUGGUAGCAUUGAAGUUAAGCCACUUGAACUACAUCUUAUCGAUUUUGGGUAGUUGCAGUUGGUGCUAGGAGAGAAUUUCGGAAUUGAAUCUUCAGUGUCGGAGGCAAACUCUCCUGUGACUCUUAUGAACAACACACUCUCCAUCGGAAGCUUUUGUAGAAGUAUAUAGGCAAACCUUUGAAAUGGGAAAACUUGAUAUUGCAACUUUUGGUCGUACCUAUAGGAUGUUUCGUUAUAAAAUGUUUUUUUCAUCCUAUUCUGACUCAA